CCAGGGCUCAGAAUUGGUGUGGGGCUCGCUUUGGUCGGAUGGGAUAUAUAUUAAGUUUCAGCGUACAUCAAGAAAAAGCACACUGACAAUAUUCCCAGGCAACCCCCACGCAACAACAACCAGUGACAUCUACAAAGGCUAUUUCAUCACUAAAGGUGUUGUUGUAUUUGCAAACGCAUGGUAAGCCCCCACCACUUUGAGACUCAAUAUCUCCAAAUAACCAAACAUUUCGGGCGAUGACGCACGAUGAAAACAAAUACCCCAGUCCUGAUGAAUUCAAGUCAGGCAAGAUUUCUCCGUGAAGAUGGGUCCCUCACCAGCGAUACGAUGCCUUUAGGCUUUGGCUGGGGUCGCCGGAUCUAUGUGGGACGGCGUCUCGCGGACACGUCACUCUGGAUCGCGAUCUCGAACUUCCUGGCCGUUUUCUCGGCUCAAAAGGCUCUUGACGAAUACGGCAUGGACAUCUCAGUCAUUCCGAAGUUCUCCACUGGUAUCGUUGUCCGUCCGGAGAAAUUUCCCUGCCGCAUUGUUCCGCGAAUUCCCGAUGCAUUUAUGAAGAAACUGACUCAAUCGACUGGGUUAGGUCCGUCUGUCAACAUCACAUCGGAAUUCUGGAAGACUAACCUACAGUACCAGAGCAAUCGUGAUCGUAUACCCAUGGAUAUAACUGAUUUUGGUUAUGCAACGUUCGUUCUUUUGAUCCAAGCAUAGGGUACAAAUUCUGGGCAGAUGAAUCUUGAUGUUAUGAUAUGACACGACAUGUGCAGGAGCUGGGC